AUGCGUCAUAUAAUAGGUGCUAUGAUUAGUUAUUUAGAAUUAGAAAAUAACCGUGAUUCAAAGCGUAACUGUAGUCGUCUUAAAAAGAUAAAUCUAACUAAUAAAGAAUGGAUGGCUAUUGAGCAAUUAAUUCCUGUUUUACGUCCAUUCGCUGAUGCUACAGAAUUUCUUGGCGGCAAUUAUAUAGAACCAAUAGACUUUACAGACCCAAGUACAGCAUUUGAUGAAGAUAUUGGAUAUGAAGAUGUUGAUGAGGAUAUUGAUAAUAAUCCUUCUACUUAUCGUCGUAAAAUUCGGAUAAAUACUCCUCAAAAUUGUGAUAAUCUUAUUUUACGAGUUCGUGCUGCACUAUAUAAAAGUCUUAAUCAUUAUUAUUCGGUUCCAACAGAAACUGGCUUAAUGGCAGCAUUACUGGAUCCACGAAGCAAAUCUUUAUUAUUUAUAUCACCAUAUGAUGCACAAACAACGUUUGACAAUCUGCAUGUGUUAUUUAAUAACUCAAACACUAAUAUAUCUGCUACGCAGGUUCAAGAAAAUUCAGAUGAUUCUCUGCUUGUACGUAUGUAUCGACGUCAGCCAACCAAUGCUGAUGAAUUGGUUCAUAAUAUAUUUCCUAACUAG